CAAGCUUUGGUGGAAACAUCACACCCUGCAUUCCUGCACAGUGCUCGGGCUGUAGUCUGUUGUGCAUGUAGCCCACAUGUGUGGAGUUAAACUUCCUCGUCCUGCAGAAGAAGAAGGAGGAUAAAGGGCGUGACGUCGCUGCCCGCAGAGAGGCCCGCACGGCUGCAAUAGACCGGGGCAGAGAGGCAGGACACCAAGCGGAGACAGCCGCAGAGUACACACCGAGCACCGAACAACCGGCAACUUUGCAGAGGAGACACACAGCCAUAAUGCGGCACCGCCCGCCGACCCGCCAGCUAAUGUGACCGUGCAGACACAGGGAGGAAGCGGCGGACACCACCACCACCUCUCCCCGGUUGCCUCGCAUUGUCGCGGUUGUCUGGAGAGAGGAGGAGGGAGGGAGGGGGGGACAUGUCCUCGCUAACCGUGGAGGAGGACCAGAAAUGGUUACCGACACACGUCCAGGUGACGGUGCUGAGAGGCAGGGGCUUACGGGGCAAGGGCAAGCAUGGCACCAGCGAUGUGUACACCAUCAUCCAGCUGGGGAAGGAGAAAUACUCGACCGGCGUGGUGGAGAAGACAACCGAGCCCGAGUGGAGGGAGGAGUGCUCGUUUGAGCUGCAGCCCGGCGUGCUGCAGGGCGGCGGGCGGAACGGAGGCUGUCCGGCCGGUGCAAACGAGCUGGUACUCAUCGUGAUGCACCGGGCACACAUGGGGAUGGACGUGUUCCUGGGACAGGCUGUGAUCCAGCUGGAUAAGGUCUUCCACGAGAGUAGAUGCGUGAAAAACGAGUGGUACAAGUUAAACUCUAAAACAGGGAAGAAGGAAAAAGAACGAGGAGAAAUCCAAGCCACCGUGCAGUUCACCAGAAACAACCUGACGGCCAGCAUGUACGACCUGGUCAUGCAGGACAAGAGCGCCUCCACCUUCGGCAAGCUGAAAGAGCGCAUCAAGGGCAAGAGGAGAUCCAGCGAGGAGGACUCUUCCUGGGUGCUGCCGACCGGCUACGGCUCCCUGUAUCGAAUGAGGCAGCGACUGCCGAGUGAUGGAGGCGGGGAGGAGGACUACGAGGACGACGAGGGAGGAGAGGCCCGGCGCAGCAAGAUGAGGACUUUCUUCCUGAGGGGGAAGCUGAGGAAGUCCUCGGACACUCGCUCCAGCACGUCGCUUGGCUCAGAGAGCAGCGAGUCGUCCCGGGGAGGCAGCCUGAGCCCCACCGCCGGCAUUAGCGUGGUGGUGUCCGACCUCUCCAACUCCCCCAGCAACAGCAGCAACCUGACUGCUGACAACAGUCCAGAGCACACGGCGAACUCUCUGCAGUGUGAGUUUGGGGAUGAUGCCGGGGAGAUCUCCAUCGCGGUGCCUCCUCCGAAGGUGUGCGUUAACGGAGGCGAUGCUUACAGCGCCGAGCCCCUGGACAAAGGCUUGGUAAACCCUGUGGAUUCUCUAGGCCUGCCGUCGCUGCAAAAGUCUUUGCCUCUCUCCGUGUCUCUGCAGAACCUCAGGCCUGCCUCGGCCGCCCCAAAAAGCCCCAUGGGAGAUGGGCGGCGCUGGUCCUUUGACAAGCCCGACGAGGAGGAGAAGGCAGCCAUAGCGGCGGCGCUGGAGAAAAGCGGCCCCAUGCUGGGUGACGAGGAGGAGGGAGAGGGACAGGCUGCUCAACUCAAAUCCUCCUCCUCCUCCUUCUCCACGGAGGAGUCAGGGAAAAAGCAGAGGAGGAACUUCUUUUCCCACGGGAGGGGGGAGUCUGCGGGGAAAGGGCAGAUUCAGAGCAAGGAUGAGUCUGAACAGGCCCCCGCCGUCGCCGAGGAGAAACACAAGGGAUGGUUUGGAUCAAAGGACUCAAACAGCAAACCCAGCCUGGUGGUGUCACCUAAACUAGAGUCCAGCACUGACCCCCACCCACCUCCACUCCCAACCAGUCACCCCCCAGGUCCCCCUGUAGAUCCUCUGGUUUCCCUGCAUCACACUAACCCCUUCUCACAGAACACCUCACCUACCAUGUCCCCCUGCAACCCUUUCUUCUCUCGCAUCCAGCAAAACCCUUUCUAUGACACCAUGCUAGACGCUGAGCCCCUUAAACCUUUGCUGCCUCCUCUGCCUUAUCUCUCCAGCGCCCGGCCUCCCAUAGCUCAACUCUUUCCGCAGGCGAGUAACCCUAACCCCGCCCUGAACAACGAAAACCCAACCAGACAGGACUCCAGCUUUGGUACAGAGAGCAAUGCCCAGAAACGGCCUCUUCCUCCACCUCCUACGUACGAAGAGCAACCGUUAAGCAUGAAGAUGUCCGACCCUUUUAUGUCUGCCGGGGAGCUGGACCCUGAAUGGGACGAAUCCUUUGAAGCGUUCGCUGCUGGCAGGCUGCAGUCUCCCGAGGAUCUGACCGCAGACUGCAAAACACAGCAAAACACACCCAGUGAGCAGCCACUGGAACACUGCAACGAAAAAGCAGCAUUACAACCCAUAACGGAUCCUAACACUAACGUGAAUGACGCACUACAUACUCAACCUUGCACAGAAUUUGUAUUUGAUGCACAGAAAUCUAACGCUUAUCCUCUUGACACAUUUUCACAAUUCCUCGAGACAAUCCCAGAGAACACCAGCUUUGAGAAUGACAAUGUCACUCUAAAUACUUCCACUAACUCGCCAGAUGCUUUCACUGACCCUCAUCAAGCUAACGUUGCUACUAAUACAAAUGAUUUUACUCACACUAAGGUGCAUCCCAGCCCCGGGCAUGCCUCGUCCGUGAAGCUCAGCAGCAGCUCCCCAGAUCCGACUUCUUCAGGUCUCGGCAGUUCUGCAGAAGAGGAUUUCCUCUCUUGUGUCUCCUCUUAUUCGGACAAAUUCUCUGCAUCAUCCUCAGAGGAAAUCGAGGCACAGAACUUUGAAAGCAGCAUCCUCGGCUUUGAGAAAUCCUCAGAUUCAUCUGUUGUAAGGAAACCCUCUGAAUCUGAAGAUGACGUUACUGACAGGUCCAUUGAUCUGGAUUUAGGCGAUGUGUCUCGGCAACAUGUUAUGAAGCGUGGGGAUGGUGAUGAACACACAGAUUUAGACAGCAUAUUAGCACCAAUGCCAACAGUGCUUACAAAUCAGCAGCCUGCAACAGAGAUAAGAAGUGAAUCACCAAUCUUUUCAUACUUUUCAACAGAACUACACCCAAAAUCCUCCAUUUCUUUACAGCCUGACAAUGAAAAUGGAAAGAUAAACAAUGAGGAAGCCGAGAAACAGAACUUUGAAAGCAGCACCCUCAGCUCCUUUAAAGAAGAAGAAUCUGUUGCCCCAGAAUCAGAAGUCGACAUUACUGACCAGUCCAUCUGUCUUUCUUUAGAUGAUGUAGCUCAGCACGAUGUUAUUCAGCACAGCGAUGGUGCUGAAAAGGCAGAUUCAGAUGGUAAAGAGGGCUCAUUGGCACCAAUGUCCCCACACGGAGAGGCAGGAAGUAAGGAUGCAGAUGCACAGUCACAAAACUUUGCUUACUUAUCACCAGAACUGCUGCCAAUAUCCAACAUUUAUUUACAGCCUGACAUUGAAAAUGGAAAGACAGGCAUCAACCAGGAGGAAGCUGAGAAACAGAACUUUGAAAGCAGCAACGUUGGUUUUUGUAAAGAAGAAGAAUCUGUUGGAGGGAAGCGCUCAGAAUCAGAGGUUGACAUUACUAACAGAUCCGAUGAUCAGUCAUUAGCCCAACACCAUGUUAUUCAGCACGGAGAGGGUGGUGUAGAGGCAGAUUUAGACAUAAUAGAGGGCUCAUUGGUGCCAUCGUCCCCAGAGGUAACACGUCAGCUGCCUGCAGGAGAGACAGGAAGUGAGGAAGCUGGCCUACAAACACCAAAGUCGUUACCAGAACUACAGACAAAGUCCAACAUAUUUUUACUGCCUGACAAUGGAAAGAAAGGCAACAGCUCUGCAAAGGAUUUUGUGCCCUUUAUCUCUCCUUUUUCAGACAAAUUCCCUGCAUCCUCCUUGGAGGAAGCCCAAGAACAGAACUUUGAAAGCAGCAUCCUCCGAUUAAGUAAAGAAGAAUCUGUUGUACACCCAGAAGAGUUUACCGACAGGUCCAAUGAUCGGUCUUUAGUUGAUUUAGCUAGGACCACUGUUAUUCAGCACGGGGAUAGUGUUGAAAAGGCUUAUUUAGACAGUAUAGAGGGCUCAUUGGCAUCACUUUCUCCAGUGCUAUCACAUCAGCAGUCUGCAGGAGAUACAGGAAGUGAGGAUGCUUCAAGCUUUUCAAACUUGCUACCAGAACUACAGACAAAAUCAGACAUCUUUUUACAGACUGACAACGAAAAAGGGAAAGGCAUCUGUGAAAUCAACACAUCUGUGGAGGAUUUUUCUAAAGUGUUAAUUGAUUCCUCUGUGUCUGGAAUAAACACUACGGAUGUGAUGACUCCAGAUGAUAAACUGUACUCCACACUAAAUAUCAUAACCUCCUCCCCUGAUGUGAGGCAGGGUUCAUCUGACUCCCCCAUAGAGAGCACUGGUUUACGAGGGCAGGAUGACAGCCAGCGUUCAAUUGUACCAUUUGGGCUUUUUGGUGACUUCCUCAACACCGGUCCCAGCCAAGAUUUCGAUGACAUCCUGUUGCACACUCCUGCAUCUGAUCAAAGCACCAGCAGCUUCCAAAGCCUUUAUGUCAGCACCAACUCACAGGAUUACCAGAGCUGUGUGUCUCAACGUUCCUCCAGCGGCUCAGAGCAAAACGAGACGCUGCACUCUGCAAACUCCACGCUGUGUGGCGAUCUGAUAGAGAUUCAGACAACCCCUGAUGCUGCUUUGGACCAAAAAGACUCCAGAAGCGAGCCAUUUCACGGGGAAAUUGACAAUCUUGGAGGCUCUUUCUUCGGAGCCAAGGACACGACACCAACUCUUAAACCAAACUUCACGAUAGAUGAUAACUUCGGUUUACUUCCUGCAGCAUCAACAGACUUUUACAUGAGCUCUAAUCGAAAGAAUCUCAAUGACAAAGAAGCGGAAAGUCAGCAUGUCGUCUUCGGUGACAUAUUCCCGAAAUCCCCUCAGGCACAAAGUACUACACUACCCCGCUCACACUCUGAAGGCACACUGACACCUGCGUUUGAAGACCUCCUGCAGCCCUCCUUUGGGAGCGAUCCCGGUGCGAUACAGGUGUCCCCCUCUGCUCCUCCUCUUAGCCCUGACCACCCCUCUCUGAUCUCCUUUGCUCCCUCUCUAUCUCCUAAAAGUAGUAGCUCCUUUCCCCUCCCUUUUCUUGACAAUGCUAUGGCGAGAUCACCACCCAGCGCGGCAAUGCUUCAGGAGAUGCAGCGGCAGCAGCAGGCAGCCAAUCAGCAGAACAGCCCCCACCCAGUGAAGCCCCUCACCACCACCACGUCGGGUGAGGAGAAGCGGACGGAGGGCCGGUCCGUGCUGGCCACCGGCCUCGAGAAGCUCAAGUCCUCCAUCAACCCGGGGAGGAGCAGCCAGAUCAGCGAGCACGGGACCAGCAAGAAGAAGCCUGUGUCGGAGGGAGCGGGCUCGUACUACCACCUGAACCACAGUGAGCUGGUCGCCCUGCUGGUGCAGCGGGAGGCCGAGCUGGAGCGACAGAAGGCCGAGUUUCAACGUCAGAAAACUCUGCUAGCGAAGCGUGAAGUGGAGCUGAAGAAGUUGAAGCCGCAGGUCAAAGAUCUGGAGGACUACAUAGACACGCUGCUGGUGCGAAUCAUGGAGCAGAAGCCGACUCUCUUGCAAGUGCGCACCAAGUUAAAGUGACAAAACGUUUGCAGUUCACUCCACAACAGCUCUUAAGUCUUUUCACUGCUAUGCUGUCCUUUUUGAUACAAAUAUGUAGGCACUGAGAGACGUCUGGAGGGUGGCCGUGUUUCCCAGCCGGCAUGCUUUUCUGUGCUGAAACUCGUAGAAGGCUUUCGGUUCGGGCGGUUCUGAAUAUAGCGGGUCCUCAGGUUGUUUUCAGGUUCACAAAGCAAGGUCACAGAGGAGAGCCCGGAUGCUUCCACAUUGGGAUCCUGAUUGUAAAAACAAUGAUUCCUCCCUUUUCCACCUCACCUCACUCCUAUCACCUUACCACAAAAUGUUUGAGAGAAAUGGUAGCGUGUCAGUCCAAAACAGUGUAUAUCUACAAACCUCUCACACAGCUUUUCAAAGAAUAUUCUCCAAGAGAGUUGCAGUGCUGUAAGGAAAGGAGAGCCACUCUGAUGGUUUUACAUGUUUCAGACCAUUAACUACAAAUUGAAUAUUCUUUAAAUCAAAACCUGACAUUUCUGUAGCCCACCAUCAGGUUUAGAUUGAUUUUAUACCUUCAAGGCAGCCUCUAGUUUCACUUCAUUUCAUCGAUGCAUGAAACUCAACCUGCAGGGAAAUUAAACUCGUCAAGAGAAAAAUCCCCACAGUUUACAUUUUGACGCAUCUCUUUUUAAUGCAGUUGUAAGAAGGGCCACAUUUUUUUAAUGGUCUUCCAAGAAGUACGAUUAGAUCGAACUAUAAUAUAGGUCUUUGGCUAGUGUUAUGUUCAUUUUCAAUUAAAUUAUCUGCAGAUUAUUUUCUUUAUUAAUGGAUAAAUAAUUUGGUCUACAUAAUAUCAGAGCCCAAGGUGACAUCCUUUUGUCAAACCAACAUUUGGAAAUCCAAACAUAUUCAGUUUAUUAUAAUGUAAAACAUAUACAAAAAAACACAUCAUCCUAAUUUGGUGAGCUGGAAAUUGAAAAUGAUCAACAUUUUGAAAACUGGUUUGAACAUAACUGUUACCCCUUGUUUCCAGUUUAAUGCUAAGCUAAGCGAACCAUAUCUUGAUCAAUAUCCAUACUUGCAAAGAGAUUUAAAAUAGGUAACAAUCAUCUCUUCUAACUAUCGGCAAGAAUGGUAAUAAGCGCAUUUCCCUAAAUGAAAAGCAUAUUUUUUAAAUGAAAAAAAACUAAUGGCUGCUAAGAAAGAAGAUAAAAAACAUUGACAGUCUUCAAACAGGCUUUGGAAAGUAGUAUGCAUAUUUUAAAGAAUGCCCUAUAGUUUCUUAAUAAAGUGAAUUCAUGCAAAACCACCAAAUGGGAUUCAUCCGGCUGUGAUUUGCUUCACUUCCACAUGGUGCAUAUAUGUUGUUUUGGAUUGACACUCUACAAAUGUUCCCUAAUGAAUACCGAGUGCUCCGACUAGUUUUUGAAACAACAAACCCAACGUGCACAUCAAUGGGAACUGACUGUAGCUUCUGAAUGUUCAAAAGUGUUCUUAGCCAGCAAGUGAAUGGUUUUAUUUCCUACGCAGGAUAAGUGCUGUUUAUCUUUUGCUUGCUCCUUCUUCCAAAUUCUUUUUCCUUCUUUCUGUUCUAUCGGCAUGUCUUGAAAUUACCCAUAAUGCUCAGCCACAUAAGCUAAACAGAAUCUUGUAUGGGUCACGGUGUUAUCAGGUGAAGACAGUAUCAAGAUCAGCCAUCAAAAGCUCCUAUGAUCUCAUGCUCCUGCCUUCCCACGUGUGUUAUCAACAUGACGCCGCGGUUGAGGAAAUGCCUGCGACAUGCUGGCUCUUGACUCCCCUCCCUCGGUGUCACAUCCGCUUCUGCACAAGCACGCAAAUCGCUUUUGCUUUCAGGUGUUGCAAAGGGAUAUACAGUGCAUUUUACAGCAUAUAUGCCGUAUUGAAAUGCCAAAUGCUGCCUUAUUUUUGUUCUGUUUUGAAAAUCUAGCACUUCAUUUCGAGGCAGGUUUUGAAGAAGAUAAGCCAUCUGUUCACUGACUGUUCGUUUUUUUUGUUUUACUCCUGUUAAUGCUUUGUUACAAUAAUGUUUAGAUCACUGCACAAUAUUAAAUUGUAUGCAUAUGAAUAGAAAAUGAGCAGAUUUUCUGUAAAAUGCCAAAAAAAAGCCUUGAAACUAAAUCUAUAGAGCAGAUUGAGACACCAUAAAGUAUUCUGAUAUGAUGCCACUUUUAACAGCGUUUGUGGAUGUUCUUGCACUACUUAAUCGUCAGAACAUUACUGUACCUGUCUGUUGAUAUCGGUAUAGUUAGAUCUACUUUACACCGUACUGCACUUUCUAAUCGCUCUGUGACUUAAGCACUAGGCCAAUUUGACACCACAUCCUUGAUUUUUGCCAGUGAGUUUGAAACAUCCAAAAAAACAUCCAAACACCGUCUCGUCAUCUCAGUUCUGAUGUGUGAUCGCAAUAUGAAGUGUGUAGAUGACUGUAGAGACAUAUUAAAAAUGUGACUCGGCACUUGUGAAGUGCAAGAAUAAACGUCCUCUUCCCACGUCUUCCAUUUUUAUUUAAGUUUAAACUGAUUGUAUUUUUGUCCUUUGAGUGUGUAGCCGGUGGGAUGUUCUUAAGGUAGUAUGUGAGAUUGGAAAGUUUACAAUUCGUGAUGCAAUUCUGUUUCACAAAUUUUGUAUAUUUAAUAAAGAAUAUUUUGUGUUUCUUGCUCACCGUA